AUGGGCGGUACAUCGGACGAGUGGAACCGCAGGUGGUGGGAGGAGGAAGGCGACGACGAUAGCUGGGCAACUGUAGCAUCCGCACCUGCCGCACCCUCCGCGCCCUCCGCACCGUCCGCGCAAGACAACGACACGCGGGAAGAGAUCGCAGCGGCCAGCGAGAACAGCUGCAACAGGGAAAGCAUUAGGGAGAUCUCGAGGUUUAGGGGUUCGGGAGAGGGAGCCGAGGAAGGUCAAGAAAUGGUCGUUCUUCGCGAGGACGACGGCAGCCGGUGGGACUCGGAAGCGGAGUCACGCGUGCCGCUCCUGGGAUCCACUGGUCCCACGAGCGGGGUGCGCGAGAGAGCAUCAGCCGCAGCAGCAGCGGCAGCAGGUGGCUGGUGGGGAAGGGCGGCUGUCAGUCAAGGCUCUGAUAGAAGAGUGCCGGAGUUAGACCAGUCGGGCGGUAAUGGGAAUAUUAGUGAUCUGCUUGGCAGCGAUGGUCGGGGGGCUGGGGCUGGAGAUGGGGAAGGUGCGGAAGCGCAUGAGGGAGAUGGGUCGGAGGGCGGGAUGCGCAGAAGACGGCCGUGGAAGUACCAGGAACGGGCGACGGGGGAUGCUGAAUUCAAAGAAGAUCUGCGCUCGUGGGCGUUCAGCAACGGGGAGAGCUUGGCGAAGCCGCAGCAGUCUGGCGCGGGGAGUGCCGAUGAACAGGCGGAUGCAGGCGGGGGGGCGAAUGGCGGAGGAUCGUUGGUGGAGUCUCGGCUGGGGGACCGCUGGGGCGAUGUGGAGCUGAUGGCGCGGGAGGUAGCCUUUGCUUCGGAUAGAGAGGGAUCGGCAGGGGACAGGGGGGAAUCUGCAGAGGCACAGGGGUCGGGAGAGAAAGAGGAGUUGGACAGGCCGGUUGAACGGGAAAGCUCAGGAACGCAAGGUAGUGGUGGUGGUGGUGGUGGUGGUGGUGAUGGUCCUGGUGAAGGAGAAGGUGAAGGUGAAUCAGUGGUGGAGUGUGUGUCUGGUGCCGCUGGUUCUCGACCUGUUUCUGCCUACGGCAAUGCUACAUUCUCCUCCUCUGGCUCGUCGCUCAAUCUAAGACCAAACGCAUCAGCAGUGGCAGCAGCAACGGCGCGGGCAUCAGGGCUGGACGAGCUGAUGGAGCUGGGCGCAUACGACGACCUGGACCUGCACUCAGUCAUGGCACUCUCGGACCUCGUGCGCCAUGCCCCCUCCUCCGCCGCUUCCGCCUCCUCCUCCUCUGCUCUCAACCCCACGGGGCAUGCGGGGAUUGGUCAGUCGGCAUCAGCGUCGGCGUUGGGAGCUGGGGUGUAUAAUCGGCGUGUGGACAGGCAGAUUCCACGUGCAGCAGUUGUCGCGCUUCAAGCUGCUGCUGCUGCCAAGACCAGCUGGCCGCUCAACCUGCAAGCUCGGUCGGGUCUGCACUUCCCCCCGCCACCCCAUCUGGGCACAGCGUCGCACGCGUGUGACAAGUGCAGCCUGCGCUUCUUCUCGCCGCUCAACCACCGCCGCCACAUCCGCGUGCACCGCAAGAUGCUGCGCACCGAGAAGGUUGACCUGAGGGGCAUCCGAGGAGACCUGGCUCUCUUCCUGAACAAGCUGGGAAUGCCAGCAGUUCUCGACCACAUAUCGCUUCAGGCCCUCUCGGUAGAGGGCAUUCAGCUGGUGGACCGGCUGUCCUCUCUUGUGGACAACCAUCGCUUCCCCUUUGUCUCGCCCAUCGCACCACCGCUCCCACCGUACCUCAAGCUCGGCCCAGACCUCGUCGCGGUGGUGUUGAACAAGCAGCUGCUAUCAGAGGAGGACCUCUUCGCCAUGCUGGAUGCGGCCAGUGAGAACACUUUCCUGCACGGGGGCACGUCCCCUGCCGUGCACCGCUUUGUCUUCCAGCCCACUGCCACGCCCAGCAGCAGCAGCGGUGGUGGUGGUGGUGGGGUUGGUGGCGCAGGCGGUGGCAGCAGCGGGAGGAUCAAAGUGAUGCGUCUGCAUGAUAAGGACCUCGUGGCUGCUCUCGCGUUCCUGCUCGAACAGAAGCUUGUGGAUGCAUACAUGGCAGCGCGAGAGGCAGCAGCACUGAAGCAGCAGCACCUGCUGGUGGAGGAGGAAGCAGCUGCCAUGCACAAUCCUGCGCUUCUGCUUGCUGUCCGUCCCCUUCUUUCCCCGUCCACUGGCAGGCGGGCGCUCCUGCAGCAGCGCAGACGGAAGAAACGGCAGAGGCAGAAGGGAGGAGGCAAGGCGGCAGACAAAGCGGGUCAGCAGGGUUCCAGAGGUGACCGUGGUGUGGGGUUGACGGGCAGUGUUGGGACCUGGAGGAAAGGUGACGACUCGGAGAAAGAGGAGGAAGAGGAGGAGGAAGAAGAGGAAGAAGCGGAGGAGGAGGAGGUGGAGGAGGAUGAGGAGGAAAGGGAAGAGGAAGAGGAAGAGGACGAGGAAGAGGAUGAGGAGGAGGAAGAGGUCGGGGAAGAGGAGGGGAGAGCGGACGAGGAGGGAGAGGAGGAGGAAGACGAGGCAAAGAAGGAGCCCCAGCAACUGCAGCAGCAAGUGCGACAGCAGCAGCAGCAGCAGAGGCAGCAGCAGCAGCAGCAGCAGCAGCAAGCAGGGGGCGACAGCAGUUCUGAUGGGCUAUCAUCCGAGUCUCUCGAUUCUCCCAAGGGCGCUAGAGUGCACCCAGCACCCAUGUCCGCGACAGACAGUGCAGUGGUCGUGAAAAGCAAGGAGCGUGAGCAGCACACAGGGGGGGCAAGGAGAGAGGGAGCAGAAGCAGGGAGUCUUGACAUGGCAGGGACUCGUGCUGCUGCUCGUGCCACGUCGGACCGUUCCGAAGGAGGCUCCGCCUCUGCUGGUGGAGGAGCCACGGGCCCAGGUAGCAGUAAUCUUGACUUGUCAAACGCCAGGGGGGCAGCUGCAGGGACGGGUGCAGCAGGAGGAGUGACAGGCACGGGUACGGGUACGGGUUCAGGUUCAGCUGCUGCAAGGGCGGGGGGAGCGGGAGGCAGGAGGGGUCGUGGCAAGGGGGGGCAAGGAGGGGGCGGCGAGCGGGGGGAGCAGGGCAGGGUGCGGCAGCAGCGGAGUGGGAAGAGAGAAGCCGUGGGGCCUUAUGUUGGGAUGGCGCUAGACACAAGCGCGGCUGCUGGCAGUGCUGCUGCUGCUCUUGAGAACGCCGCUGCUGCUAGAGGGGCGCUGCGAGGGAGGGAGGCGGAGGUAAGUGGGGGAGAGACCCAGCAGAGCUGUGUGUCCAGGGGCAUUUCGGCUCCUACCCCUGCUCCUGCCUCUGCCCCUGCUCCUGCCUCUGCCCUUGCCCCUGCCCCUGCUCCUGCGUCCAGGACUGAGUUAGGACAGUCAGGACGGGGGCAAGGCGAUGGGAGAAGGGAAAGAGGGGGCUCGGGCAGUGGAAAGGAGAGAGAUGCGAAAUCUGGGAAGCAUGAGCAGCAGGGUGGGUCCCAGCUUGACCCUCCUCCCACCACCUCUGCUGCUGCUGCUGUGAACGGUGCUGCUUCUGUGGCCGAUGUUGCGUCUAGCGCCAAAGCUAGGGUGGUCGUGAUAGGAAGCAUGGUGGUUCCGUUGGUAGGGAAAAGCACUCCUGCUAACGCUCCUCCUCCUGCCGCUCCCCAUUCCACCUCCCAUCCCGUCAACACCAACGCUGCCACCAUCCCCUCUGUUUCUUCUGCUGCUGCAGCAGUGCAGCGUGCAGGUCCCAGUCCCCCUAGUGAGAAGCAUGCACAUGAGCAGCGCACACAAGCAGUACAGCAGGCAAUGAGUCACGAGCAGCAGCAGCAGCAGCAAGCAGAGGUGUCACUGCAGGUUCACGCCUCACAAUCUGAUCCCGAUGCUCGUCUGAGGGCUGCUCUGCUGCAUGCCCUGCGCCUCAUGAACAACCGCUGGGAUGCAGCCGUUUCGUCCCCGGCUACCACCAUCUUGCACCACAGCAUGUCCUCUCCCGCUGCCCCACCCGCCGCCGGCACUGCGUUCCUAGACCGCCUCUGGUCCCAGCUCAACCGCGCUCCCUCCCCUGCGAUGACUUCCUCUGCUAACCACACGGGCACCAGUGACAUCACCAGCAGCGCCGGCGCAGAUGUCAGCAGCAAUAUCGGCAGCGUUGAUUUAUCUGCUGCCUGCAGCAGUGUCAGCAGCAGGGAGAAUGGAGUUAAUGGUACCACCAGCAGCACUGGCAAGGACAUGUGGGGUACGGAAUUGCAGCCGGGUGCGAACUCUGUAGAGGGAGAAGGGACGGUACGUGGAACACUUGCUACUGUUGCUGCUGCUGCUGCUGGUGCUGCUGCUGCUCCUGCUGUUAAUGGGGGUGCGGGUGGAAGUGCCACUGCUGGUGGUUCUGGCGGAAGUGGUGGGGUUGGGGCUGGUGCUGGGAGUGCUGGCGGUGGGAGUGCUACUGCUGUUGCUGCUGGCGGCUCUCAAGCACGUGCGUCUAGCCGCAAGGAGUCAAGGACACGAGGCAAGAAGGGGGGGAGGUGA